AUGAAGGAAAAGGACCCUUCGCAUGACAAACCAAGAGCAAAGGGUUUAUUCAUUUCCUUUUUCUCUGCACCCACAGCCUCGCCUUUCUGGAAUUUUCGUUCCAUAUUUUUUAUCGACACCCAAGCGUUGUCUUGAACCACCGGUGACUUUGGGCAACUAUGGACGGUAUUGAGCAACAUGAGCCAAAUGAUUCUGCUUCAUCUCUGAUAGAUCAGCUUUAUAAGGCGGUUCAUGAACUGGAAGCUUUCAAUGGUGCUUCUGAGAGUAAGGUUCAUUGGACAGAAAUCGAACAAUAUUUCUGCAAUCUCAAAGUGACGUUAAAGAAGAAAUCUGAAGACCUAGAAGCUAAGGAGAAGGAAUAUGAGGUGAAAGAAGCCAAAACUAUUGCAUUGAUUGUUGAGAAGGAGACAAUUGUUGCUACUAAGGAACAAGAUUACCUAGACCAUGUGCAGGAGCUGAAAAAUGCUGCUGUUGCUUCCAUUGCUGAGGCACGUGCGAGUUUCCAGUCAACAACUGCAGAUUCUCUUGAUGCUGGGGAAAAUGGAGACACCAAGCCACGUCCAGAGCUGACACACUUUUGUGAGCAAAUGGACGCGGAAGGACUUCUGAAUUUCAUAACAGAGAAUCAGAAUUUUAUUAAUGAAGCUUGUCGGGAACUUCUCCUUGCACUCGAAAGUGCAAGCAGACCUACCCAUUUGGUGUUCAGUUCACUGGAGGGGUUUUACCCUCCGGAUGAAACAACUCCAACGGUGGAUAAGAUGGAUGCUGCCCUUCAGGGCAUGCGAAAGUCCUGUGUCCUCUUAUUGGAAGCCAUGGCUAGCUUUUUGGCCAGAAUUGACCCCGGUGAUACUCACCUUUUGAACCCCGAAAUCAAGCAGCUAGCCAAGGCAAUUGCUGAUGAGUGGAAACCUAAGUUGUCUAAUGUAGGCAGUGUUGCUGCCGAUGACAAUUCAUUGGAAGCUGAAGCAUUUUUGCAGCUCCUUGCUACUUUUAAGAUUGCUUCGGAGUUUGACGAAGAACAUCUCUGCAAGCUUGUUUUUGUAGUUGCUCAUCUCCGGCAGGCACCUGAGCUUUGCCGUUCCAUUGGAUUAGCACUGAAAAUGCCAGGUCUUUUUGAGUUACUGAUUAACAGUGGUAGAAAAGUCGAUGCAAUACGAUUUAUCCAUACCUUCCAGCUUUCUGAAAGGUUUCCUCCAGUGCCCCUCUUGAAGAUGUUCUUGAAAGAUCUGCUGAGAAACUCACAAGGGAAGGGUGGUAACUCUCGCGCUGCUUAUGGUUCACAGGAUGACAUAAAUGCACGAGAACUCGCUGCACUGGAAGCCGUAAUAAGCUGCCUUCAAGACUAUGGCCUAGAAGCUGACUACUCCCUUGAUCCGCUCCAGAAAAGGUUGGCUCAACUUGAGAAAGCAAAAGCAGACAGUAAGAAAAGAGGGGGAGAUUCCAGUAAACAUCACCCGUGGAAGAAAUCAAGGCCCAACGGUGGGUUUCGAGGAUUUCGGGGACCUCCAGGUAGGCAAGCUCCACAGGUUUACAACCAAAGGGCUGCGUUUACAGGGAGGCCCGAAAGGUAUACUCCUGCCUGUUCGAACCCCUACAGUUAUCAAGUCCUGUAUCAACCGGCAUAUGCUCCUCAAGCCAAUGAUCAAAGAUUAUACUACUAUACUCAAGAUGACAAAAUUCCAACGCCGUUGUAUAACGCAACUACAUCUAACUAUGGAAGCUACAGUGGCGGCGGAUUGCAACCAUCACAGCAGCCAUAUAUGUAGUUUAUCAUAGAUGCACGAUUAGUUUAUCAAAGAAAUUU